AUGCAGCAGCUGAAGAAUUUUGAUGAGCUCAACCAACUGCGACAAAGUGAAUUCGACCACGACCCCUUUUCCCCGCCCUUCACAAUCGCCUCUUUGUCUCCGCCGGUGGUCCGCUCGCUGUGCCCGCUGUUUCCUCACGACCGGGACACGUUCAACUGCCUUCUAUCGCCCGCUGCUGUGAUAUCCUUCAAGGACAAGGACAGCAUGAAGAACGUCAACGUGAGCAUGCAAUACACCACGCUUCCUAGGGCGCUCAGCCAUACCGGUAUGCGUGUGUACAUCUGUAGCUCAAUCGGGAGAACCUCGAUGAUGCUAUUGGAGGCCAUGAUGUACCGCGAAACGUUUGACAGGAACGUGGCCUAUCGCUUCAGUGCCGCGUUCACUAUCGUGUCGCGUGGAGAUAGUAUUCUGCGGUACCUGCUCAAUAUUUUCUAAGACCGCUCGCGCGCUAGACU